AUCUGUCGAUUUAGUAAGGAGUUGCAUGUCGCGAUGGAUUCAUCUACCACUAACGUUACAACUGAGGAAAACACUCAGGAGAUUUUAAAUGUGAGCGAUGCAGAAGAAUACGAGAUGAUUGAAUCCGAUGAUCUAUCUGACCUGGAGAGUGUCGCUUCUAUUGUGGAUUUAGAGGAAAUGUCCGUCGAUCCUCUUCUGGAAUGUGAACUUUCAGAUGCCAACGAUUCUUCAGAUAAGGUCUUGAAUUCAGAGGUCACCCCACAAAAAAGGAAAAGACCUUUUCCAGCAAAAUGUGUAGACACGUUUUCGUCACCUGCCACUAUACCGGUUGUCAAAUGGAAAGGCAAGCGAAGUAGCCUGAACCGAUCCUUUCCAGAUUUUAAUUUAAACACCUUAGAAGAUAAGUGGAAAAGUGUAGAUGAACCCGAUACUAAACCACAACAACCGGUGUUCAGACCCAUCCAAAAGCCUGGCCCACAGGUGGUCUGUAGCGCAUCCUGCAGACCUCUGCAAUAUUUCGAAUUAUUCUUUACUACCUCGAUCCUUCAGACGAUUGUAGAUAACAGUAACGCUUACGGACUACAGACGUACGGAAGUGGAAAAAAGUGGCGUAAAAUUUCUGUACAGGAUUUAAAGUCAUUCAUUGCAAUGGUGAUCUACAUGGGUCUGGUAAAAUGCUGUUCACAUUCUGACUACUGGAAAACAUCUGACUUGUACAGACUGCCCUUUCCUACCCGUAUCAUGUCUUUCAAGACAUUUAUUGCUAUAUCCAAAACUCUUCAUCUCAGUGAUCCCAAAGUAGACAUAGAGAACGACCAGAAGAAAGGAACGGAUGAAUAUGACCGUCUGUCUAGGAUCAAACCGCUGUAUGAGGACAUUAGAGAAGCCUGCAGGAGCUCCUUCCAGCCCUUUCAAAACAUCUCCAUCGAUGAGAGAAUGGUAGCAUCAAAGGCUAGAAAUGGACUCAAACAAUAUAUGAAAAACAAACCAACGAAAUGGGGCUACAAAUUGUAUGUACUGGCAGAUUCCAGCUCUGGCUACACGUGGGACUUCUUUGUUUAUGAAGGAAAGACGAUUUCAAAGCAAGGAAAGGGGAUUGCCUAUGAGUCUGUGAUGGCACUGGCGGAUGAAAAGUUGUUAGGCUCUGGAUACAAGCUGUAUGUUGACAACUUUUUCACCAGCCCCGAACUCUUCAGGGAUCUUCUCAGUAAGAAGAUUUAUGCUUGCGGGACCCUUCGAGCAAACAGGAUCGGUCACUCUCAAACCCCAGCUCCUCCUGGUAACAUACGCUGGUUUAGGGACGACAAACUCCUGUUCAUCGAGUGGAAAGACAGAAGAGACGUUCUGAUGUGCUCCACCUUUCAUAAAGUGUUCAAUGGCAAGACAGUGAAAAGGAAGGUGAAGGGAAAAAACGGUGCUCGGACCAUUGAAGAUCUGCCGGUUCCUGCUGCAGUGUUGGACUACAAUAAGCACAUGGGUGGAGUCGAUCUGUCUGACGCGCUUAUCGGAUAUUACACAGUUCUGCAUAAAACAAUGAAGUGGUAUCGUUCCUUUUUUUUUCACUUUGUGGACAUUGCUGUUGUAAACGCUUUUAUUUUACAUCAGCACGUAGCCAGGCAGAGGGACCUAAAACCAAUGACCCAAAAAGAGUUUCGGGAGGGUCUCGCCUCAGAUCUGGCCCAAACAGGGCCUCAAAAUGAACAGGAUACAUUUCCUGAAGAUUUACACCUGCCCAAGUACAUCAUUGGAAAAGACACGGAAAUUAAAAGGAGAAGAUGCAGAAUGUGCUCUCUUAAGACUCCAAUAAUAUGUGAGAUGUGCAAUGUGCCAUUGUGUUUUGUUGUCAUGCGUGAAUGCUUUUUUUACUACCAUAAAUCAUAAAUUUAAGCUGACACAGCUACGUUUACAUGCAACCAAAUAAUCUGUUUGUACACGCUAAUCGAUUAAAUUGAGGUCAAUCCCGAAGGAAAUUUUGAUCGGAUUGAAUAAAGUGAUGUAUCCUAUCAUCAGGAGAAAAUGAAGCAUGUAAACGCGUAAAUCAUUGUUUUUUCUAAAUCCCAUCUAAAUAUUGGAUUGAGUAUCGAAUUCGGUUGGACUGAUGAAAAUGGACGCAAAUAACCAGAACCACAGAUUGAAGAUCUAGUGUUAGAACCUCAUCAGAAAUAGAGAAAAGCAACUUCUAGAAAAGUGUAAAUAAAUAGUUCUAAUAGUUUUAUAAAAAAUAGAGUCUAUUUUUCUAUUGUAUUCAUAGAUAAAAACCAACUUGCUACUCAGACUAAUGCUACUAACAGCACUUAGGCAUUGUUUGCCAUUUUGUUUAUUGUUUUUUUUCUUUUCUAUUGUAUAGCUUCAGCUAAAAGCGUCUGUUAAAUGACUAAAUGUAACUACUAAAUGUAUUUGUAUGUCUGAGCAGUUACUUUUUUAAGGUGUUAACUAUUUUAACGUGUUUUCUUAACUAAUAAAAUUGUAUUUUUGAAGAAAAAACUUGUUUUGAAGAAUGCCUUUUUUGGAAGAAUGUCUUAUUUGAAUUUCUGCGGUUGACGUCAUGCAGCCAAAACUCUGCCUAAACUCAAAAAAAUGCUGGGUUUGGCAUUUGGUAGGCAAUCGUAGAGCGCUUGAGCA